AUAUUGAUUUCAUUGAAGCCCGCAAUACCCAGAUUGUCUUUUACCUCUCUUGUCGUCUUGUUUUAUCUUCUAAACUCUAAAAAAAAAUUCUUUCUUUUCACACACUCCCCAAAUAUCAUAUUAAAUAUGCACUGAAAUAUAGAAAGAUUGUGCUCAAACUCAAAAAAAAAAAAGUGAAAGCUUUUUACUGUUUUCUUGAGGGAGGGAGGGAUUGAAUUGUGAGAGAGUUGAAUGGAGGGCAAUAAUAGAAGAAGCAAUUUCAGGAGAAUUUGUGUGUUCUGUGGAAGCAACUCAGGCCACAGAAAAGUCUUCAGUGAUGCUGCUGUUGAGUUGGGAAAUGAAUUGGUAAGUAGGAAGAUAGACUUGGUCUAUGGUGGUGGAAGUAUAGGUUUGAUGGGUUUGAUUUCUAAAAGAGUCUUUGAUGGAGGGUGUCAUGUUCUUGGGGUCAUGCCUAAAGCACUGGUGCCUGUUGAGAUAUCGGGUGGAAGUGUUGGGGAUGUGAGAAUCGUUUCUGAUAUGCAUGAGCGUAAAGCUGAAAUGGCUCGGGAGGCAGAUGCGUUUAUAGCACUUCCAGGAGGAUAUGGAACCAUGGAAGAGUUGUUGGAAAUGAUAACGUGGGCACAACUUGGGAUUCAUAAAAAACCGGUUGGUUUGCUCAACGUCGAUGGGUACUACAAUUCUUUGCUGGCAUUAUUUGACAACGGGGUUGAGGAAGGUUUCAUCAAGCCAGUUGCUCGCCACAUUGUGCUGUCUGCUCCCAGUGCCAGAGAGCUCUUAAACAAGAUGGAGCAAUACACUCCUUGCCAUGGCCUGGUUGCCCCCUUUGAAAGCUGGCAGCCACGGGAAUAAGUUUCGUGCUCAACUUAGGCCUACACCCAGUGUGAUUGGUAAUCAUAUAAUGGAUGAGAGUCGUCUCUGCUUAGGUGGUUCGGGUUCCACAUAAUGCAUAACCAUCUUGUCUUGUUAUUCUUUGUGGUUUAAUUUGCAUCCCACUCCCCGCUAGCUGUUUUGCACCUUGUGGUUUUAUAAGUUAAGUUAGUAGCAAUUUCGAUGAAUUAUCAUAUAUGCACUCAUCUUAUCUGUAAGUCUGUCUCAUAUCAUGCUUCCUAAUGCAAUCAACUAUUCAAAAUCUCAACUCUUUAA